UUUUUUUUUUUAGUCAUGAGAAACAAAUAAAGCAUCGUUUAUUUGUGCAUUGAGAACAAAGCGACAACAAGGCAUAGAAUUGAAGGAAUUAAAUCUGUUAAUUUUGUUUUUGGGUGCAAAUUAAAAGAUGGGAUCAUCAUCAGUAAUAACCCCAGAAGAUGUAUUGGAGUCAUUGAUGAAUGAUGGAACCAUUGAUGCUCUCAGGUUGAAGAUUAUCAAUCAGCUUAAAGCCAAUGAGGAGCUGAAGAAUACAACAAUCAAAAUGGCAGAGCAGAGUAAGGUACUUAACACCCCUGGUGCUGAGAAACAGACCAAAAGAGAAUUGUUUGAUGCACUUAGGCAGGAACUUGAAACCCCAGUGCUCGAGAGGGCCUCAAAAUCAGUUUGGGAGUUGAUUCUGGACAGAAAUGGGCUAGGAAAGGAAAUAAGUGAAACAGUGGAAAGAGUCUUUUGUAAAUUAAGCGGCAGGGAGCCUCCUCUGUUUCCUCAUUCAGCUGAUGUAUGUCAACCUGAAAAAGAAGUCAAGGAUGAGAAAAGAAAAGGGAAAGAGAAGGAAAAUGAAAAUGAAAAGGAGAAUUCAAACUCUACAUCAAAGAAACGAAGUUUCAUUGACAUGAAUGCUGAGGGAAGUGCUACUGAAGUUGCUGGCAAAUCUAGUGAUACUCCAGCUGCGCCUGAUGAUGCUACUUAAUCUCCCUUGCCUAGCCUGAAGAUAUGUUGUUAUGUCAACAGAGGCCAUUGUUGCAAACCUGGUGAUCUUUUUGGCUGGAAAAAGGAAUUUUCCCUUUAAUUCGUUCCAUUUGAUGGAACGAUACAUUGUUAGGUUUGCCUAGGACAGAACAUAAGUGAUGUGUUUAUUUGUGGUAUAAACUAUGGAGUUCUCAUGACAAUAGGUUGUAUCCUCCUUAUGAGGUUUAUUUGCUAUAGUUAAUUCUUUGAAUAGUUUGAGGACUGACUUCUCAAGUUGCAUUUUGUAUACCACCAGCCCUAUUUCUUCUGGCUUGGCUUAUUUACAAAGUUGAUGCAAGCAUACUUGCUUUCAAGUAUCUUCCACUUCCUGAUCUUGCACAAUAGAAAUCCCCUUCAGGAUUUCUUGAAGCCCAAAAAGAAUCUGGAGGGACCAGUUUAGGGAAAGAAUUACAGCCUUUUCUGGUACGAAGACAAUUUCAAUUCUGAAUGUGUAUUAUGUCAGCAGGUAAUAUUAUUUGUUC